CAACGCCUGCUGGGCUGACUGAGACGGAACUCGGGGGUGUGAAGUGAGCUCAGGCUGCGUGGAGGACUUUUCUCAACCUCGACAACCAACUGACGGACACUCUCUUCCACUGCGCUUUCAUCGCGCGGUCUUUUUUGUUGUUGUUGUUGUAAAAAACAAAAGUUGGAGAAGAAGAAGCCACCAGCGGCGUGGUGGAGCCAUGACACGCAGGAGGCGGCUGUGCGCAACAAAGGAGCGCAGACUGAGGAUCCGCGUCGUGGAUUGUUUACAAGUGACACCUGGAAGGAAAUGCUGUGGAUGUCCGUGCGUAAAAGCGGAGUUCUGAGGCAAAGUGGGGGCCGUAGAUGCGCCGUCGACUCGCUGCUAUUUCCACCGAACAUGCGUGCGGGAAAAAGCUCCGGCCACGGUUACGCGCAAACACGUGUCGCCCCACUGAGCCGUGACUGCGCGUCGCCGUGGGCCCGAGCGCGGAGUCGCGGCGGUGUGGGCUGCGCGGCGUGCGCGCUGGUGUUGGCCGCGCUGCUGAGGUGCGCACACUGGAGCUGUGAGCGCGCACUCCCGCAGUCGUGCGCUCGCCCCCACUCGCUCGCAGGGUGCCUCGCCGAGCUGCUGCUCGCUUGCUGGGCUGCGCUCUCGCCCUUCCUCGGCCUCCUGUGCGCCUUCUUCUGGCUCGGCGUCUACUUGAUCCGCUGCGGGGUGCCGCUCCGGACCGCGCUCUCGCUCCUGACCGUGUGCCACCUGGCCGAAGCGGCGACUCGGAGCCUCCUGGGCGGCCCGCAUGAGGCUGCGGCCGUGCUGGUGCUGGUGUGCCUGGUCAGCGGCGCUCUGAUGGUCGCGCGUCUGGACCAAGGCGCGUCUGUGGUCGUGGUCAUCAGCAUCGUGCGCACCAUCUCCCUCUUCUCGCUGCACAAGGUCCGCUCCGCUUGGAGGCCCUACGUGGCGUACCUGCUCGGCGUGGUGGGCAUCCUGCUGGCGAGGUAUGCUGACAGGCUCCUCGCCGGCCCAGGGAGACUCGAGGAGGGCUGCACCCCCGCGACUGCAGCCAGGGAAGACGGCCCCGCAGUUAAAAGGCGCAGGAGGUCCAGUUUGGGGGUAGCCUCAGACAUGGCGCACAGUCAGUCCAACAGCAAGUCACAUCGCAGGACUUCUCUGCCAUGCAUCCAGAGGGACCAGAUGCUGCCCCGCUCAGACUGGGACCACAAGAGAGGCUCCCGAGGUUCACAGUCAUCGGGCACCAGUGUCAUGGUGGACGUAGCCGUGAUGGGAGAAGCCCACGGCCUCGUUACGGACCUGCUGGCCGAGCCCUCUCUGCCCUCCAACAUCUGCACCUCGCUGCGGGCGGUCAGCAACCUGCUGACCACGCAGCUCACCUUCCAGCCCUUGCACCGGCCACGCCCUUCUCUUCUGCUAAACCCCUCUGACGCCUACGUCUGCUCCGACUCAGAGGACGGACCCGAGAAGGGGGAGAAGACCUCCAUCCAUAAGCGUCUGAGGCGGAGUCUCCAUCCGGGCCUCCUGAGAAGAAUCUCCUCCACGUGGACAACCACCACCUCCGCCACAGGACUGCCCACCAUCGAGCAGGGGCCCGUUUGCAGGGACCGCAGCGCCAGCAUCAAACCCUACCACGAAACACUGACCUGCAGUUGUGGAAGACCGUACAUCCGACUGAGCCAUGGAGAGGGCUCCCUAGAUAAGGGAGACAGGAUACCACGUUCAGAAGACCAAGUGCUGGUGUCAUCCGACUACGACAGUACCCACGAAGCCAACCACAGUGACAGCAGUGAUGUAGCACAUACCGAGGAGGACGCGGAGGAAGGAAAACACUGCUCCCAGAAUGUCAUCCUCCACCCGCUAUUACCUCCUGAGGACAAACCUAUUCUGGCUCCAGAGCCGCUAUUAAUGGAAGAUUUAGAGCCCAUGAUGAGUCAGCUAAACAAUUGGAACUUUCCCAUCUUCUGCUUGAUGGAGAAGACUAGCGGCAAAUAUGGACGGAUCCUCAGUCAGGUCUCUUACAGGCUUUUUGAGGAUACUGGUUUGUUUAAGACCUUCAAGAUCCCCAUUAACGAAUUCAUGAACUACUUCCAUGCCCUUGAGAAUGGUUACAGAGACAUACCAUAUCAUAACAGGGUGCACGCCACAGAUGUGCUCCAUGCAGUCUGGUACCUCACAACACAGCCAGUUCCAGGUCUGCCCAGUCUCCUUGCUGACCACAGCUCUGCUAGUGACUCAGACUCUGACAGUGGAAUAACUCACAGUCAUAUGGGCUUCCUGGUAUCAAAGACGAACAGCGUGUUAGAGGAUGGCUAUGGCUGCCUGUCCGGCCUCAUACCAGCCCUGGAGCUCAUGGCGCUCUACGUGGCGGCCGCCAUGCACGACUACGACCAUCCUGGGAGGACUAACGCCUUCCUUGUGGCUACCAGCGCCCCACAGGCGGUGCUCUACAACGACCGUUCAGUUCUAGAAAACCACCACGCUGCCUCCGCCUGGAAUCUCUUCCUGUCCCGACCGGAGUUCAACUUCCUCGCCAACUUGGACCACGUGGAGUUCAAGCGUUUCCGUUUCCUGGUCAUCGAGGCCAUCCUGGCCACCGAUUUGAAGAAGCACUUUGAUUUCCUUGCAGAGUUCAAUGCUAAGGUGGGAGAUGAUCCAUCUACAGGUAUUGAUUGGUCCAAUGAGAAUGACAGGUUGCUGGUCUGCCAGAUGUGCAUCAAGCUGGCUGACAUAAACGGGCCCCUAAAGUGUAAAGACCUGCAUUUACAAUGGACAGACGGCAUUGUCAAUGAGUUCUAUGAACAGGGCGAUGAAGAGUCCAGUUUGGGUCUUCCCGUCAGCCCCUUCAUGGACCGAGCCGCACCACAGUUGGCCAAACUGCAGGAGUCGUUCAUCACACACAUUGUGGGACCUCUGUGCAACUCUUACGACUCUGCUUGCCUCAUGCCGGGACGAUGGGUGGAACCCACCACGGAUGCCGAGGAGCCUGAAAGCACAGAGAAUGAGGAGGAGGAGGAGGAGGAGGAGGAGGAAGACACGUCCACCAGCUCAGAGUCAUCACAGAAAGCAGCUCCCAAGAAAAGGAGGAAAGUAUUCUGCCAGAUCACCCAUCAUCUGCUGGAGAACCAUGAGAUGUGGAAGAAAGUGAUCGCCGAGGAGGCACAGAAGCAGGGCCAAGGAACUGAGUCAGUCCACGUGAACAAUGUAGCAGAGCCCAUUUUGGCUAUCCAUGAGGAGGAAGAGGAGCCGGGCAGCAGAGAGGAGCUGGUGGAAGGGGAGGACCCCGAGGAGGCGGUGGAGGAGCCGGAGUGGCCCGUGUCCCCGCAGGAUGUGGACGGAGAGUGAACGGGACACACCGUGUGAGUCAGGACUAGGACUUGUAUUUCUCGUUUUCUUAUACUAAUUACAGACUUUUUUUUUUUUUUUUGCCAGCACAUCACUUUAGACACAACACUGUAGAUGAGGAAAUGUGUGCCUACAAAGAAUUUUAAAAAAAAACAACAACAACAAAAAAAAAAACAGGGUGGGAAAAUUUGUGCUAUACACAUUUUAUCUAAAUAUUUGAUUUCACCAAACAUUUAAAGGAGCUUUCCAUCUUGCAAUAUGAGAUUAUGCAUGUCCUUUGGCGUACAGACUCUUUUGCUACUGUCCAGAGAAGAGGCAGACCUCCACCACAGUGUGGUGACGCGGGACUGAGGGAAUUUGCUGCCAAUUUAUAUAUAUAUAAAUAUUUUCCGAAUGCAAUUAUCCAUGGACAUGUGAGUUACCUGUGCUUCGAUUCCAGCGGGAGAUUUGGAGUAAAAUGGACAUUUAUGGAAUACCUAAUGAAAGGAGUAAAUCCAAUGAGGAAACUUAGGUGUCAUUCCCUUCAAUUCUGCCAAAAUGAAUUACUACAAGACACAAUCAAACAUUUGUAAAUGUUUUGUUGUGCAUUUCUUGUUUUGUUACGUCUUGAGAUGCCGAACCCUCAUCACACGUCCUCUAUGUCUUGUCUUGAAGUCAGUGUAUGCUUGAUUUUUCUCAGUUGAAAACAAGACUAAGGUUUAGGUUUGCCAUCCUGCACUGUUACCAACACAUAGUACCCAUUCAUCAAAGCCAGGCCUGAAUAUUCAAGUAUUACAUUUGGAAGAUAUGAGGAAAAUAUGGGGAUAGCCAUGCUUUAAAGGCCUACUGAAAUGAUUUUUUUUUAUUUAAACGGGGAUAGCAGAUCCAUUCUAUGUGUCAUACUUGAUCAUUUUGAGAUAUUGCCAUAUUUUUGCUGAAAGGAUUUAGUAUAGAACAACGACGAUAAAGUUCGCAACUUUUGGUCGCUGAUUAAAAAAAAAGCCUUGCCUAUACCGGAAGUAGCGUGACGUCACAGGAGGAAGGAUUCCUCACAUUUCCCCGUUGUUUACAAUGGAGCGAGAGAGAUUCGGACCGAGAAAGUGACGAUUACCCCAUUAAUUUGAGCGAGGAUGAAAGAUUCGUGGAUGAGGAACGUUAGAGUGAAGGACUAGAGAGGCAUUGCAGGGUGUAUCUUUUUUCGCUCUGACCGUAACUUAGGUACAAGGUCUCAUUGGAUUCCACACACUCUCCUUUUUCUAAUGUGGAUCACGGAUUUGUAUUUUAAACCACCUCGGAUACUAUAUCCUCUUGAAAAUCAGAGUCGAGAACGCGAAAUGGACAUUCACAGUGACUUUUAUCUCCACGACAAUACAUCGUUGACGCACUUUAGCUACGGAGCUAACGUGAUAGCAUCGGGCUCAAAUGCAGAUAGAAACAAAAUUUAAAAAACCCUGACCGGAAGGAUAGACAGAAGAUCAACAAUACUAUUAAACCAUGAACAUAUAAAAUACACGGUUAAUAAUUUCCAGCUUGGCGAAGCUUAACAAUUGAAGCUAACUACGGAGCGGCGGCGGCUGCAAGCGUUGUAGCUUUCGACGACACCCCGGCCGCCAUCAGAGUCGGCAAGAAACAUAUAUUUCCCCAAAGUUACGUACGUGACAUGCACAUAGCGACACGCACGUACGGGCAAGCGGUCAAAUGUUUGGAAGCCAAAGCUGUACUCACGGUAGUGCGUCUGCUAUCCAGCUCAAACACAACACAACCUCCUGAUUGUGUUGCUGUAGUCCGCCGCUAAGACACCGAUCGCACCUACAACUUUCUUCUUUGCAGUCUCCAUUGUUCAUUAAACAAAUUGCAAAAGAUUCACCAACACAGAUGUCCAGAAUACUGUGGAAUUUUGCGAUGAAAACAGAGCUGUUUGUAUUGAGAUACAAUGUGUCCGAAUACUUCCGUUUCAACCAUCGACGUCACGCGCAUACGUCAUCAUACAUAGACGUUUUCAAGCGGAAGUUUCCCGGGAAAUUUAAAAUGUCACUUUAUAAGUUAACCCGGCCGUAUUGGCAUGUGUUGCAAUGUUAAGAUUUCAUCAUUGAUAUAUAAACUAUCAGACUGUGUGGUCGCUAGUAGUGGCUUUCAGUAGGCCUUUAAUAAACAUAUAAAGCAGACCUGGGCAAAUUAAGGCCCGGGGGACGUUAAGCUUUUCAAUCUGGCCCGCCGGACAUUCCCAAAUAAUUUUUUUUAGAUCUUUAAGAUGGAAAGUGUAGCUGCCAUUUUGAUGUGCAGUGAUGUUUUAUAAUGACCUUUAGUCUUGAACUAUACAAAGUAUUUCAAUGGUUGUAAUCUGCGCUUUUGCAUGAUAUACUACAGGCCUGGGCAAUUAUUUUGACUCGGGAGAGGUGGGGCAAAUUUAGAGAAAAAAAAUUGCUGGAGGCCGGUAUAUCUAUCUAUCUAUCUAUCUAUCUAUCUAUCUAUCUAUCUAUCUAUCUAUCUAUCUAUGUAUCUAUCUAUCUAUCUAUGAUAGAUAUACACUACCGUUCAAAAGUUUGGGGUCACCCAAACAAUUUUGUGUAAUAGCCUUCAUUUCUAAGAACAAGAAUAGACUGUCGAGUUUCAGAUGAAAGUUCUCUUUUUCUGGCCAUUUUGAGCGUUUAAUUGACCCCACAAAUGUGAUGCUCCAGAAACUCAAUCUGCUCAAAGGAAGGUCAGUUUUGUAGCUUCUGUAACGAGCUAAACUGCUUUCAGAUGUGUGAACAUGAUUGCACAAGGGUUUUCUAAUCAUCAAUUAGCCUUCUGAGCCAAUGAGCAAACACAUUGUACCGUUAGAACACUGGAGUGAUAGUUGCUGGAAAUGGGCCUCUAUACACCUAUGUAGAUAUUGCACCAAAAAGCAGACAUUUGCAGCUAGAAUAGUCAUUUACCACAUUAGCAAUGUAUAGAGUGUAUUUCUUUCAAGUUAAGACUAGUUUCAAGUUAUCUUCAUUGAAAAGUACAGUGCUUUUCCUUCAAAAAUAAGGACAUUUCAAUGUGACCCCAAACUUUUGAACGGUAGUGUACAUGGAUACAUUUUUUUCUCUAAAUUUGGCCCCCCCAAGUCAAAAAUAAUUGCCCAGGCCUGCUAUAAAGGAUGACUUUAUACAGUAAAGUAGUAUUCCAUUAAGGACACUCCCAGUACAAUAAGCCUAAUAAUGCAAUAUGCUUUAUUUCCCCUCUACAUUAUUUCUACCUGGCUUUGACUUUAUACUCUGUGUGUUAUGAUAUUCCAUUCCGCCACAUGUGAAGCCUACAAAAAUGUUGACCUUUAACCCUCAGGAAACCAUUGGUUGAGAUUCAAAGUCACGCCCUCGUACAGUAGUACUUGUGCAAACAGCAACGACAUGCAAUUGAAAGCUAUUCUAGAUGAUAUAAUGCACAGUACGAGUCCUCUCCUGGCAACUCAGGGAGAAAACAAGCAUACACAAAACAAACUCGGUGCACCAAUUGGAUGAGGUUCUUCUGCAAGCCGGGUUCCAGUCUUAACCCACGGUUUGAGUUAAAGUGCGUUUUUAUACUGUGAAUGGGUAUUUUUUAGCUAGAACAAGGCUCAAUAUAGGAAUAUAAUGAUCUAAAUCAGUUAUUCUCAAACUGCAGGCUCCCUCUAGUGGUACGCCAAAGAACUACGUCAUUAAAUCCUCAAACACAGUGUUACUGUUCAAACUGGCCACAAUAUCAAAUAUGGUUGUUAAAUAAAACCUCUGCCUUGUUUUUAAUGAAUAUUUAUUUAGGUUUGCUACGCUUCCAUUUUAAUGUUGGUCAUUAUGGUGGUACUUAGAGAGUUUUCUGAGGUGGUACUUGUUGAAAAAAGUUGAGAACCACUGAUUUAUAUGUAAGUACUUGGAUUUUUGUUCGUAAUCUGUUUCAGAAAGUCCAACAAAGACCGAACCGUACAAAAACCUAACCAAUGUUUCCCAUAUUAAUAGUUCUAAAUACAAUUAAUCUGUGACGGAAACAAAAAAAAACACAUUUUAUAGAGAAUACUUGUUGUUUAACAUGCAGAAAACAAUGUGAAAGACGUAUAAAGGACAAAUACCUUUGUUGAAGACUUGUUGGCGAAGACAGCGAGGAGUGGAGAGAGAUGAGGGGAAAGGGAAGCCAAAAGUUUGGACACACCUUUUCAUUCCAAUGCGUUUUCUUUAUUUUCAUGACUAUUUACAUUGUAGAUUGUCACUGAAGGCUUCAAAACUAUGACACCUGUGAAGUGAAAACCAUUUCUUGAAGCUCAUAGAGAGAAUGCCAAGAGUGUGCAAAGCCGUAAUCAGAGCAAAAGGUGGCUAUUUUGAAGAAACUGGAAUAUCAAACAGGUUUUCGGUUAGUUCACCUUUUUUUGUGAAGUACAUAACCCCACGUGUGUUCAGUCAUAGUUUUGAUGCCUUCAGUGACAAUCUACAAUGUAAAUAGUCAUGAAAAUAAAGAAAACGCAUUGAAUGAGGAGAAGGUGUGUCCAAACUUUUGGCCUGUACUGUGUAUAUGAAAACGGGAGCUGAAAAAUACCCAGUCAACAUUUGAAAAUGCACUUUCAUUCAAAGUUGUGGCCUAACUGUAGGCUACACAGACUAUGUACCACUGGAGGUUGAUAUUAUUCAGGAAAAAUCAUCACAAAAUGUUUGCCACAUUGAUAUAUUGUCAUUUUGUAUUGCUCUCUAACCUAGAAUUGUAAAUUGAAAUCACAGCACAACAAUAAUAGACAUUGUUUUGUUUUUUUGUAAUUGUCCCACAACUUUCUCUCAGAGAAUAAUCCAGAAUAGAAUACAGUUUUUGUUCACACUUUGUUUACUCUCUCACUGUAGGGUCUGAAACUCAAUGUGACUUUUGACAUACUUGUCACUGAAAUCCCAUUUGACAAGGUGAGACGUUGAAAACUCCUGAGUCAUUUUUUUGUUUUUUCUUUAUUUUUCUCAAGCUGCUGCGCAUCCCCAGAAGUCUUCUGGCGCCUCUAAGUGAGGGUGGGCCUCGCUCUUUGAAAAACCCCUGCAAUAGUGAACACAUAGGGGUACUUUGGCUGUUGCACUAUACUGUAUAUACACAGUGGAACCCCUUUAUGUCGACCAGGGGGUCAAAAUAAAAUGUCCUACAAUAAUAAUUAUUAAUCAAACGAUUCAAAUAUUUCAUCACGAUUAAUCGCAUUGUUCAUAGUUAACUCAAAAUGAAUCGCGAUUCGCGGAUAGAUAUCGUUUUAGUUAGUCACACUCCAUUCUCUUGUUUAGUUUAUAUUCUUAGUAUUGUUUGUUAUUAUAUAUCUUUAUUAAGAUAUAUAAUAAAUACAUAGAGCAACAUCGCCCCCUUGUGUCUGUGCCGUCAACUCCUUCCAGCAUACAUAACAAUAGAAAAUUAAUUUGCGGGCCGGAUCUGGCCCGCGGGCCUUGACUUUGAUACUUGGGCAUUAGAUAAACAAAUAGACAAAACGCUCCAACACAAUUCCCACAACAUAUGUUUGCUCUUAUCAAUAAAGAGGGCUGUGAAUCUUUGACCAACACAUGAUUCAUUAUUCUAUUCUUGGGGUAACGAUUCGAUUCAGAAUCAAUUCUCGAUUCAAAACGAGUCUCGAUUCAAAAUCAGUACUUUUUUUUAAUAACAUCGGGUGCCAGUUCUACGAUUUAACUACAUUCCUCUAUAAAAUAGAAAAAACAGCUCUGAUCGAUUGCUAUUAUUACUUAAAAGAAAACUGAAUCUGUUUAAUAAAACAAUGAAUAAAGUCAAAUAAGGCAACAAGAGAAGUAUCAAGUAAAUCUGUACAGCCGAUAUGGAAAUCUAUAUCAACAAUAUGAUUUGCCUGAGUGGCUGAACAGGACAGAUUUUAAAAAGAAAAAAAAAUGUUUAAAUCGAUUUUUUGAUUUGAUUUAAUUUUUUAAUUAAUUAAGAAUCAAUACAAAUAAGGAUCGCAGUUAAUUCGAAAAGUGUUUUUUUUAACACCUCUAUACCCUAGACCAGGGGUCACCAACGCGGUGCCCGCGGGCACCAGGUAGCCCGUAAGGACCAGAUGAGUAGCCCGCCGGCCUGUUCUAAAAAUAGCUCAAAUAGCAGCACUUACCAGUGAGCUGCCUCUAUUUUUUAAAUUGUAUUUAUUUACUAGCAAGCUGGUCUCGCUUUGCCCGACAUUUUUAAUUCUAAGAGAGACAAAACUCAAAUAGAAUUUGAAAAUCCAAGAAAAUAUUUUAAAGACUUGGUCUUCACUUGUUUAAAUAAAUUCAUUAAUUGUUUUACUUUGCUUCUUAUAACUUUCAGAAAGACAAUUUUAGAGAAAAAACACAACCUUAAAAAUGAUUUUAGGAUUUUUAAACACAUAUACCUUUUUACCUUUUAAAUUCCUUCCUCUUCUUUCCUGACAAUUUAAAUCAAUGUUCAAGU